AGUUGAAGUAUUCUCUUAUCUUCAAAUAUCUAUAUAGAUAAAAACCAAAUCCAGUUGCCCACUUCUCUCCAUCUUCCUAUCUCAAUUCCUCUUUUCUUUACUUAAAUUCAAUUCUCACAUUCCUUUAACAACAUCAACAAACGUUCAAUUCUUGCAGUAUAAAAAUGGAAGCUUUGGCGGGAUCAAGAUUUUGUUUCCCAUGUAUAAAAGCUCCAGCUUUGAAUCAUCAUCUUCAUAUCAGAAAACAACGAUUAAUGGUCACUAGAGCUUCCAUUGCUGUCGAGCAAAAAAACCCUCAAACCAAAGUUGCCCUUAUUAGAAUUGGCACUCGAGGAAGUCCGUUAGCACUUGCUCAAGCUUACGAAACACGGGCCAAGCUCAUUGCAGCUCAUGAGGAACUGGCAGAGGAGGGAGCCAUUGAAAUUGUGAUUAUAAAAACGACUGGUGACAAAAUACUAACACAGCCACUGGCAGACAUUGGUGGGAAGGGCUUGUUUACGAAGGAAAUAGAUGAGGCCCUCUUAAAUAAUGAGAUCGAUAUUGCUGUUCAUUCCAUGAAGGAUGUCCCCACGUAUUUACCAGAUAAGAUAAUCCUACCUUGCAACCUUGAGCGUGAAGAUGUUCGUGAUGCCUUUAUUUCCACUACUGCAAGCUCUCUAGCUGACCUUCCAGCUGGCAGUGUUGUUGGGACUGCAUCACUACGAAGGAAGUCUCAAUUACUACAUAGAUAUCCAUCUCUUGAAGUACUAGAUAACUUUCGUGGCAACGUACAAACACGGUUGAGAAAACUAAAUGAAGGGUUGGUUCAAGCAACUCUAUUGGCCUUGGCUGGCCUAAAGCGUUUAAAUAUGACAGAAAACGUAUCUUCUGUUCUUUCAAUUGAUGAUAUGCUUCCAGCUGUUGCUCAAGGGGCCAUUGGAAUCGCUUGUCUACAAAAUGAUGAUAAGAUGGCAAACUACCUAGCCUUGUUAAAUCACGAAGAAACUCGAUUAGCAGUUGCUUGUGAGAGAGCUUUUCUCGAGACUUUGGAUGGGUCUUGUCGUACCCCUAUUGCUGGUUAUGCUUGCAGAGAUGAAAAUGGGGACUGCUUUUUUAGAGGGCUUGUGGCUUCUACAGACGGAAAGCAAGUGAUCGAGACAUCUCGAAAGGGUGCAUAUGCAUUUGACGAUAUGGUAUCGAUGGGAAGAGAUGCUGGAAAGGAGCUUCUUUCACGUGCUGGUCCUGGCUUUUUUGAUCCGAGAUGAUAUGAACUUGUUCAGUAAGGAAAUCUAGUUGUAGCAAUAGCUGGCUUUAUGUUGUUUUUGGUGAGAUUUCCCAUUGAUUCUGUUUGUAGCAUUAGUAUGUAUCGUAAUGGUAAUUUGUUUUAGGCUUCAGUAGAAUGAGGAUUUGUGUCCUUCAAUCUAAGGACUUUUAAGGAUAUUAGUAAUAACUCAAAUAUGUAUUCAUAUUUUCUCCAUGUACAAGAAAAUCCUAUAUACCCUGCAAGUUUUUUUUUUUUUU